AUUGCACAGAAAUGGGAUCAGAAUAUUUCUGAUGGAAAGGAUGUCCUUGUUUAUUCUUUUCUUGGUGCAGGUUUGCAUAUUUACUGAUCAAUUAUUUAAAAAAGCUGAAUAACAAUAAUAUUAGUAACUCUUUACAGACAGAGAACAUGCACUGAAUUCGGUUAUGAAUAUGUAAGUGUUUAACCAUGCGAAAGUACUGCUCAGUAGCUAUCAUUUGAAUGGUCACCUUGAGGGGUUCAUCCACGGACUCAAAAGUUAGAACCACCUUGUACAGCAUGAUAAACAGUACCAUUGGAAACACCAGAACAUUUUAUUCUCAGACUCAAAAGUUGGAACCACCUUGUACAGCGCAGUAAUCAGCACUAUUGGAAAGUAGUGCACAGUAGCUUUUAUUUUUGAGAGGUCAAAUAUUAUAACCACCUUGUAAGGCUCAGGGCUUGACGUUGCGACCCGUGGGGUCGCCAAUGCGACUAGAUCUUAUUCAGUGGCGACUAACUUUUCACGCCUGGUCGCCAGGCUGGCCCCCGAGAUAUUUGUGACCUUCUUUGGAAAAACGUACACUAACGAUAUCCUGUUAAGUAAAGUUAAGUAAAGUUAAAGUCAAACGUUAGGCGGACCAAACGUUAGCUGCUAAGAAUCAACCGUUAGAGCGUUUAGGCAAACCGUUAGAGCGUUAGAAAAGCUUUAGCUAUCCCUUAGUUUUAUAACGGUUACGGAAUACACAAAUACGUAAAAAUGAAUUUUAUAACAACGGCCGUUGUAGGGACUAUGUAGCCUGUUUUGUAGAAGGUCUUCUCUUGUAUUCAGGACUGACUUUCUGUAACUUAUUGACGAUUUUUUUGAGUCUCAUUAAAAGAACUUUAGUACAUUGUAUUCUAUUUUUUCUUGAAGAUAAUUUAUGGCGACUAGAAUACUUGUCCUGGUGACCAAAAUUGAAAACGUAGAGGCCAGCUGGCCCCAAGAUUCUUUUCUGAAAGUCGAGCCCUGACUGGCUUAAUACCAUUGGAAAGUAAUGUACAGUAGCUUUCAUUUGAAUGGUCACAAACUUUAAAGUUAGAACCACCUUGUACAACGUAAUUAACAGUUCCACUGGAAAGUACUGCUCAGUAGCUUUUAUUAAGACAGCUGUGUAAACUGUAGCGUUACACAACAGGAUUAUAUACCGUAUUUAUUCGAAUAAGCUCCCAACCUCGAAUUAGCGCCCACCUCGAGUAAGCGCCCAUCCUAAAGGCAGAAAAAGUUAAUAAGCGCCCACCCCCUCCUCCUCCCAAUCAAACUCAAAUAAGCGCUCACCCCCACCCCACCCACUUGAGUGGAUAAAUGCUAAUAGGAGACUUCCCCCAGGACGGAGUUUUCUUCAGAGUAUUUUACUGGAACCUUGCUUUGUUACUUCUUCGCGUUUUGUUAUUAGCAUUUAUUGUUUUGUUGCAAACUGAGACAUACUUCACUUGCUGAAAACGGUGAAAAUUUAAUAAGCGCCCAGCCUCGAAUAAGCGCCCACUCUCAAGGUCCAAAAAUUUAAAAAGCGCCCUGGGCGGUUAAUCGAAUAAAUACGGUAAGUUAACUGAUUAAUGUCAUGAUCUGUAUCACUAAAACACAGCGUUAUGUUUCAGCUUCCCUGGCUUUCGUAGUACGAGUACUGGUUGGAAUCUCCUUCUGGCUUGUUGUUCGUAACUUUGGGAUGGGAUUGAAAGAAACUGGUUAGUAGCUGCUAGAAAUCUAGUCAACACUACACAAACAUUAGAGAGAUUUGCAGUCACGGUUACCCCAAACGGCAAAAGUGAAGUUGUACCACGUGUCCAAGUUUUCCCCUUAAUUGCUGUUUGAUGUUAAUUACUUCUACACAAAAAUGAGUGGUUUCACGCCAGUUUUAUCCACAAGAAAUGUUCCGGACAGUUUUUAACUGCUUAUUUUCUAUUUUUAGAAAUUCUCAACUUGAAUCUGACGUUUGCACAACGUUGGCUACCAAUAUUUGUCUAUCUUUGCUAAAAGAGUAAUCACCAUUAUUUUUCAGAUCUUCUCAACAUUAUUGGCCAAUAUUUGCCGUUGACCGCAACAUUGUUAGCCAACUUCAUUUGCAAUUCUGUUAGAGGCUUGGUUAAAACACUAUUAAAAAACUUCGGUUUACGUCAGAAUUUUAUCCACCGGUACCGACCUGUGGGCUUUCUUGUUGUUGCUUUUUGUCUUGCUUGUUUGUUUGUAGUAAAUGCAGUUUUGUAUCACAUGCAGGUUGUAUAUUCCAUGGAAGUAUGCUUUGCAAUGUUGGUAAAAAAUUUCUUUCAAAUAUUGGAUUUCAAAAAUGCCCUUCUUCCCUAGUUUACCAUUUCACAAAAGAAGGUAUAAAGCAUUUAUUUAGCCUCCCGCGGACGUCGUUGGGGUUCGUUUGUUGCGCAUUCAUUUCUCCCCCACGGACGUCUGCUAAACACAGCCGACAUUUACGUUCUGGAUUGUUUGAAUAAGCCAAUAAGCGGUUAGUUAUUGUGUCACGAUCAGCCAAUCACGGGCUGUGAUAUAAGUGAAACGGUACCUACGAAUUAUUUCUCGCUUUUUUAGAAGAAUAUUUAUUCUAUGCCUACGCAUGUACGCAUGGAUGAGACUCCGAAGAAAGUAAUAAGAAGCGAUUUUUUUUUUGUUUUCUUUGCAGCUGUAAUUUAGGAAAGGACUAAGUUCGUGUGUUUAGAAAAAGCGCAGUCGACAUCGCAGGGCUCAUCAAACGUGCUCUUGACGUUGACGUGUCUUUGUAUUCUUCAAGUGAAUUAUUUAUUUGCACAGCUAUCUUCUACCUGAGACGACUCAAACGUUUUGAAAAAAUCAUAGAAAUGAUGCAAUAUUAAAAGCUAUGGGGGAGAAAUGAAUGCGUGACAAACGAACCCCAAAGGACGUCUGGGGGGAGGCUAUCAUUUAUUAGCUCUAUUUCUUUGUAUGAGAGCGACCGAUUACCUAUAUUCAGAAGUGUUUCGUUAAUAGACCUUUUUACCAACACGGCGGCCAUAUUAAAUUAACUAGAUUUAAGAAAUAUUAUGGGAUGCCCAGGGGGCAUGAGCACGAUUCGAUAUGCUCGCUCAGUAUUUACGCGCGCUUUUCGGGUCAAUUUUUCACAAAGUUUUCCUAGAAAAGAUUGUAAUGGAAAAAACGAUUGUUGAGCCGUGUUUGGAUGUAACAAUGAUUGCCUUUUUCCCUAGAAAUAUACAGCCAAGUUUUCUUUUUCACCCGAAAAGCGCGUGUUAAUACUGAGCGAGUGCCCCCUGGGCAUCCCAUAAUACUCCUUAAAUCAAAUUAAUUCAAUAUGGCUGCCGUAUGGGUAAAAAAGUCUAUUACUCGAACAAGCGUGCCUUCAACUCGCUGUGCUGGAGUACCAAAUAUGACUUUCUUUCCAUUUUUUUUUUUCAGUGUUUAACCUUCCCGUGACAGGAGACGAGCCUCCGAUUUUCCCAAGGAAAAGAAACACUGCUAAAUGUUGUGGAGUAGUGUGCUGUGGCCCUUUAGGUUGA